AUGAAAUCUAAUCGAAUUUCUGAAAAAGAUGAAUUUGUGCUUAAUCUUGAGCUGAAAACAAUCUCUGAUAUUUUCGAACCUAUUGAGAUAAAAAAGUAUGUUAUUGUUGCGACCAUAAAGGUAAUUCUUCAAAACGCACUUUGGCAUUACCCGGCAUGUACAAAUUGCAAUACAAAGGCAGUUCCAAACAAUCCUUCCGAUGAACCCAAUGUCACCGGAUCACUCAAAAAUGUAACAUAUGAAUGUCGAAAUCCAAAAUGCACUAAAACUGAAACAUCGACAUUUCCAAGGUUUAUGAUUCCGGUAAGAGUUCAAGAUCAUAUUGGAAGUAUCACUUUAACAAUGUUUGAACAAGAUGCGAAGAAGCUUCUAAAAAUUUCUGCAAAAGAUUUAGUUGCAAAAACAGCUAAGCUUGGAUUUUGUACUAAUGUAUACCCAUCUGAUAUUAAAGUAUUGAAAGAUAUGAAAUUGGCUUUCAUAGUUUCUGUUUCAAAAUACAAUGUGCAAAGGAACAACAAUCAAUAUACUAUUUCCAGGAUUAGUGAUGAUGAGAUUUUGAUUGAGGAGUUAGAAAAAAAGUUUGUCGUUGCAUAG